UUCCUGCAUGAUUGUACUAUUGCGGUAGUCACGCGUAGUCCCCAGUACUGCCAUCAUCCUCCUUGUACGGUUACCAUUUUGUUGUAGAUAGUAAGACCACCCACCACAGCAAUGAUAAGGCACUGUUUACACAGUGCGGUUUGCUGACCUGGCAGUUAAGCCGAAACCGAAACAAUCUAAGCAAAAUUAAAAAAAAAAACUUGUGGUAGCUCGGGUACAAUUUCCAAACCCGUUCGCAUUCCGAUUUCUAACUGACUAAGUUUACUCGGAUAGUAACUUGAACUAUGUAAACACGGUAUAUGGCAUGUGAAAAAGGGGUUUACGCUGUUAUUUAGUUAGACGGUGGAAGGUUGGGCUGCGAAAAAAAUUUUGUGACCAGAACACAUGUGUAAUCAAACAAUUCGACCUAUUCCGACAGGCGAUGUAUUCAAACACAGCGACCGUGCUUUAGUGAUUUUGAAGAAUUUCCCCUAAUUGCAGGGUGCAUUAAUGCGCGCCAAGUUAAAAAAAGAGUGUUGUUGUCCCGAGAAAAAUCUACUUUCAGUAUUUAUCACAGAUAAAGCUAGUUUAGGUCCAUUUGUCAAAGUGAAAAACAUUCGAUGGUUUCCAAUAAACAAGUUCGAGAUAGACAGAAUUGACGUGCUCUUAAAAGAAAGCGAUGCUAACACUAAACCUGCGUUAGUUCCUCAAAACGGUGUCAAAUUCAUCGGAAAAUAGGAUGUUGUUUUGCUAACGAUUCAGCAGUUUUGCUGGGCUUAUCGUUGCUUGAGUGCCACAGAUGCAGUGGCAAUCAGCGUUCAGAAGAAACUAUUCCAUAAGAGUACUUCCGAAAUAAUUGUACUUGUGUCAACAGUGAAGGAGUGUGUAACCACUGUGAAAUGCGUAUGAAGUGGUUUAUAACUUAUUCAGUACAGAGCGUAAUCCAUAGGGUGCUGCAAAAAAUGAUGUGAAGUACGGAUUACUGUCUUGAGGAGCUGUAAUAAACGGAGGAUUACCACGAGACAUUUUGAGCAUAAGCCUAAGCAAAAGAAAAAAAAAGAAAAAAUAGUACCACGCCACUAUCGUUAUUAUCAUCAUCUUUGUCAAUGGCCUCGUUGAAAGGAUUCCGGAAAGCAGCAACAAGCGUAGAAGAGUGUAAACUAAAUCUCGCGUUUCGCUUGGCAGCACGUGAAAGCCUGCAGCUUCCGACAAACCGUCAUAGAGAAAGGUGUCGAAACACUGAUAAGAAACUUGAGCAUGGAUUGCCGGGACUCAGUUGGUGCUCAAUGCACCACGCCAGAGACAUCAAUCAUCACUUCAACAAAAUUCCACGAUCCAAAUCGGAUCAACAUCGCCCGAAGCAGAACGGUGCUUCCAAAAAGAUGAUCUACACCCCCGACCUAACCGGAUAAACUUCAAGGGAACACCACGAGUAUGACGGUGAGGAAGCUGAACACGGGAAUGCCUCCGUCCCUUUGGUACCGAACAUCGACACAUGGCAUCGAUCAUCCAAGAACCAAGAAUGGAAAUAGUGCAAUGGUAUUGACUCCGACACUGCCGCCGAUUGUUCCAUUCCAAGUAAUCUGAUCGACUCCGCUGGCCGAUCACCGGCCAAUGAGGGAACAAUGAUUGUGUUGGUUAUGGGUCACCACAUUUGAGAGGGCAAUAAUAAUUAUAAUCAGCAGUUAUAGCACCUGUCGCUGUAAAACAUACAACCAUCGUCUAGGGGGACACCAUUCACGUUGAUCGAGUCUGGUUCCGUUCUGAACCAGUCCCUUUGACAGCAAAAAGUCUUACCAACAGAUGGCGUCGGUAGAUUUAAUUAUUGGCUUGUACUCUGCAGCUCUAUAUCUCAUUAACUUGCAUUUAAAUUUCCAAAUCAAUUGCUCAAACAGUACACAUUGAGGAACUGAAAUGUUGAAUCACGCAUAAUAAAAAGGAAAAAGAAUUUCAUCGUACAACUAACUUCAUUAUGAUCUAACAAAAUUAUUGAACCGGGAGGUAAAAAGGUGAAUACAAAAGUUGUUGAAAAAAUUAAUAAGGAAAUAAGAAAUAAUAAUCAUUGUAUAAGAGAAAAAAAUGUAGUUGUAGACACAAAGAUACAAAGACAAAAAGUAAUACUAGAAGAAUAAGGUUUGAAGAACCAUUUCAAAUAAUAAAUUUUGAAGCAAAAUUUAAGAUGAAACACAAAGAAUCAAAAGUUUGUAAAAAAAAUACUACACCGAUAAAUUGGUGUAUGCCAUAAUGAAGAUAAUUUCUUACAAAUGGUGACCGCGACUGCCUUUAAGGUGGAACAUUUUUUCGAACAUUUCGGCUGGAAUCUAGUCAAAGACUAGGCCAUCGUGUGUCAAAUCACAAAUCACAUGUUCGUGAAGCUAGAGAUUAAUUGCUCACUAAACUCGCUUCUCGUUUGGUCCUUUGUUUCGCAUGUUAUAUGGCAAAUGUCGCAGUCUUUUUAAAACCAUUUAUAGGCCAGGUCCAAACUAUAAGCGAAUGAUAACAAGACGAAAUUAUGAUGAUGGUGAUUAUAAUGAUUAUCAGUGAGUGUAUGUAUGUAUGUGUGAAGACAACAAAAUCAAAACAAAAUUAAACUAGGAAAAAGCAAUAAAAGACAUUUUGAUAAUAAUGAUGGGCAAGAUUUGGGUCGACUAAAUUGAAGAAUUCUUAAUACGUUACCAGAAUGAGUGCUUGUGGCAUGUCAAACUCGUGACAUAAUGAUUCCCAUAGUUUUUUUUUUAGAUUUUCGUACAGACGAAAGAAAAUUGAUUAGUCUAAAAGUUAUAUUCCGAUGAUUCUCUGUGCAAUGUACAAAUUUUAUUCUGAAGAAUGAUGUAAAUAAAUAAUAAAAAUGUCGUCGUUUAGAUCAUUCAGAAAUGAA